AUGAGAUGCUUCUGUCCACACUUGGAUGGAGGCAUGAGAUGCCUCCAUCCACUUGGACGGAGGCAUGGUGCCUCCGUCCAAGUUAAGAUAUACGAUAUAUAUCGCCACCCAAUUGAAAGUUCAGUCCAGAAAUAUCUAUUCCUAUUUACCUGCCAACCUAUUAAUUUCCAGUUCCUCCAAGUAUAUGUGGCUGAUGGACCUGAAAACAACACGUGGCCUCUAAGGAAAAAUCAAGGAAAAGAGGAAUUGACAUGGAGGAUUUUUUCUCUGAAGGAAUUGCAAUUGGCCACAAACAAUUUUAAUUAUGACAAGCAGCUUGGAGAAGGUGGAUUUGGCAGUGUUUAUUGGGGUCAGCUUUGGGAUGGGUCUCAACUGCAGUCUCUGUUCUUCAGCCAAGGAUUUCGAAUUGACUCUGUUGCAGACGAUGAUUCAUCAUCUGCACAAAUCUACAAUUCCAGUCCGUUCCACUCUGCUAGUUUGUUUGUUCUUGGUUUAUUCUUGUUGUGUUACUACUGGUUCUUCAUAUUCAACCUUCAUUCUUCCAGUGUUAGGAAUUUCCUCUUACCAGCAAUACAAAAUCUAUUGAAAGUCUCUGAUGCUUUCGAUCCAGUACACAAGAAAGCUCUUGAAAUAAUGUUAAGGGAAAGAUCAGGUGGAACAUUGGAUGCUAUUAGUAAGGUGAUGGGUGCUCACAUUGGGCUUGCAUCAUCUGUUACCAGUUUCUUUGGUGACCAUGGGUUACUGAGAAAAAGGGAAAGUGAUGAGCCAGGAGCGUUGCUAAUAACAGAUAUACUUCAAAGGCAGUGGAAGAGAAAAGGAUACUACAGAUUAUCGACUGCAAAUAGAAAGAACGUGAAAGUCACAAGGUUUGGAGCUGGAAACAUAAAGCGGUCAUGGAGGAUAAAAAAGUUUCGAUUUAGACUGCCUUCUCCAUUGAAACUGUGGUACAAAUUCAAGAACGCCUACAUGAACAUGAUGCUGAAGAUGGCAGUAAAUUCAGGCUCUGACAAAACAUUUGGUGCAAAAAGAAUUCCCAAAGCUCGACAACCUUCACUGCCUCAUACCAAUACUGAAUUUGAAAACAGGUUGAUAUAUGAGAUUUAUAAGUCCAUGGUGACUUCACUGGAAUUGGGUUAUACUAAAUAG